AUGGCCAUUAGAAAGCAAGAAAGCCUGACUUUGUUCUUGGUAAUCGUGUUAUUAUCGCUACAUCUCCAUGGAUCCACCCCUUCAAGUCAGCUCCUGGGAGUGAUAUUGCCCGUAUCUCGUCACCAAGAUAAUAGUUUCGAGACGUUUAAGCACCUGGGGCAUUUAUCCCCUUUCUUCGUUCCUCCUAACACACCCGCAUCACUGCGUUCUGGAACGCCGCCGGGCUGCACAGUCGAAAGGGCCUUUCUAAUACGUAGGCACGGUAGCCGACGUCCCCACGAGGACGAGUUUGCUAUUAUACAGAACCUCUCUCAUUAUAUACACGACAACCGUGAUCUAUUCUCAAAUCCCCUGGUCAAACUACCGGAUGCUUAUUCUUUUCUAUCCGAAGGUUGGAAUAGCACCUUCGGAACGGACAGCCUUACCGCGCCGGGUCGACAGCAGCUAUUUGACCACGGCGUAGCACUAAAGCUGCAGUAUCUAGAUUUUGAUAAUGUAACCGAGGUCCUGGCGAGCGAUUCGGAUCGCGUCGUGGAAUCGGCAAGAUGGUUCAUGGACGGGUACUACGGUCGCAUCUCCAAUUACACAGCUACGGUGAACGUGGUGCCGGAAAACGAGACGACAGUUAGUUGGAUAACGCCUUAUCUGGCGUGUCCGAAGUGGGAUUCUAGCUACGGUGAAGCCUCACUAGCAAAGUGGCGACAAGUCUACAUUCCGCCUAUCACGAAAAGAAUCAAUAAGUUGCUCGCCGAGGCAUAUCCCGGAAUCAAUUUUACAGACACUCACACCAGCGCCAUGUUGUAUUCGUGUGCAUACGAAACAGCAAUUCGGGGUAUCGGCUCGUCCCCAUGGUGCGACGUAUUUCUACCAAGUGAGAUAUCAGACAACGAGUAUGAGUACGAUCUGAGGAUGCGGGGGUUCGCCGGGUACGGGCUUCCGGGCGACAUGGCACCCGUACUUGGGAGUUUACUAGUCAGCAACGUGACGAGCUUCUUGCAGCGGGACGAAGGGCCCAAGCUCUCGCUAAGCUUCGGUCACGACAAAACCAUUGCGCUAGGUCUGACGGCGCUGGGACUCGCGUCGGAUGAGCUACCGCCCACUGGGCCGGUGGACCCUGAUCGGGCUUGGAGAGCGGCGAAACUCAUGCCGUUCGCUGCUAAUAUGAUUUGGCAGCGGCUAGAUUGUGACGGGCACGGGAGGAUCCAGCUAAUUCUCAACGGCGCCAAUUACGGCCUGGGCCCAGUCGGCUGUGAGAUUGACAACUAUGGAUCCUGCGCUCUCGGGGACUUCUUAAACACUACCAAGGUGCAAGCGGCACUUAACUGCACCCAUGGUGACGAGAGAUGGAAGGAAGCUUGCCAUUGAGUAGCCUGGUAACGCGCUUAGAUCGCAAAGAACAAAUUGAGUUCAGGGGAUCCAGGAACGGGCACACUACCACUCAUCCGCAAAUUGCGUAUCUUGGCAAAUAUGCUAGUUGGAUCUUCAUGAAGUGAGAUCUCGGCCUAAGACUUCCCUGUUUUAAUGUGUUAGUCAUAUCCUCUUCCCAGACGA